AUGUCGUUCGGAACUAGGCAGAACGGCAAUGAUUCAUCUUCCACCACACAAAUCGCCAUCAAAGGUUGGCUGAAAAGUGGCCUUGCCAAUUCAAAAGACCAGGGAGUCGAGGCUCUCGUGGGCUUUUUAAGUAAAAAAGCCAGCAGACCAAUUCUCUCCCAUACGAGGGCUGGUGCUGCCGUUCUUCUAAUCACUGUCAAUGCUCAAGACCAAGACCGCUUCUUCCAUCUCAACGGCUUUACAUUUUCCGGCGCAUCUCUUAUAGUGGAAGCAGCACGACCACCUCGGUCACAAUUCAAUCCUGCACACUCAAACAACCAUCAAAACUACUCUCAAAACAAUUCCAGAGGUCCACCACAUUCCAAUGGAAAUCAAACGCAUCCUCAAAAUACCUUCCGAGGCCAGGCUCACGGACAACCCGUUCCUCGAGGACCACGAGGACCAUUCCAAGACAACAAUUCUCGUAAUAACCCAUCCUCACACAGAGCAGCCGACCCUACCACAACGGAGCUGGAAAAUCUCAUCAUCGAGGUCAUUCGCGAGCGAUAUCACGCGGGAGAUAAACACCUUAUUCUGAAUGCUCUGGUCUCCGAUCCAAAAGUCACAACCUCCGGCCUCUCGAGUCAAGAUCCCAUCAAAGUCUGGAAAGCAAUCUUCACCAUAUGCGAAAAGCACAUGUGGGAAACGGCAAGCAAGCGACGAGAAGCCGUUGAAAGUAUCAGCUUACGCGACGACAACAUCACCAGCGUCAAAGAUAUCCUGUCACUAUCAAACAUCUUCCCCACGAUAAAAAACCUCGAUCUCUCAAACAACCAUCUCGCCGAUCUAGACGCGCUGAAAUUCUGGAAGAAUCAAUUCCGCGACCUGGAACACAUCAUUCUGAUCGGAAACCCCGUCUCAAACAACCCAGACACGCUUCAAACAUUACUCUCGUGGUAUCCACGACUCAAACUCUACAACAAUGAGCCAGUCCGAGACGCGGCCGGCAACAUCAACAUACCACAACCACAGCCCAAUCUACCGAAUAACGCGCUGGGCGGUCUCCAACCGAAUCCAUCUGCUCCAACGGCAUCCCACCCUGAAUUCCCACCCGGCUCGACAUUCGGACUCCCCGAGCCCAACAAGUCCGCCGAGGUCCUCCAAAAGGAACAAAUGGGCCUACAAUUCUCUUUUGAGACGAAACUGAAAAUGGAGUGGGUCGAGAACUGCCUGUCGGCGAACAACUGGGUCUACGACGCCGCGAUCGCCAAUUUCAUGGAGCUACGCGCCCAAAACCAAAUCCCUCCCGAGGCGUACAUCACUGGUGUUUGA